AUGCUGCAGCCCGAGGGCGAGGAGGAGGGCCACGCCAUCGGACCAGUGUCACAACAGCUCUGGCUCGCUGACAGCGGUGCCACGGCGCACAUCACCAGCGACGCCUCCCUCCUCACCAACUACAUCGCCGUCACGCAGCACGUCACCGUUGCCAACAACCAGGCCGUCACGGUCAUCGGCAAGGGCGACGCCGUGCUCCGCGUGACUGGCACCGACGGCGUUCCAGGCACCAUCACGCUGAAGAACGUGCUGCAUGUCCCCGACAUCAAGUACAACCUUCUGGCGCUGAACCUGGUGACUCGUGCGCGUCGUGGUGCUUCCAUCGUCAUUGCUGCGGACGACAGCCGCAUCCAGUUUGCCACAUGGAGUGUGCCUCUGCUGCCGUCCAAGGACACCGGCCACCUCUUCCUCUACGCCAGCGCCACGACCUCCCAACAAGCCACGGCGCUUGCGGGGGAGCUAGUGCACAGCAGCGAUGAGGAAGCCGAGGAUGCUGACGAGGGCGCCUCUGCACACGACGUGCUAGGCCAUCGCAGCAGCGCGGCCGUUGACGCCAUCCGGCAGCAGAUCGCCCAGGCCUCUUCCAAGCACAUCGUCACCUGUGGACCAUGUGCGCUUGGCAAGAGCACGCGCGCCUCCAUCCCAAAGCAGUCUGCUCCACGUAGCGCUGGGCCAUGCCAGCUGCUCUACGCCGACAUCGCCGGUCCGCUGGAGGAGACGUCGCUGCGAGGUGCACGCUACGCGCUGACCUUCAUCGACGACUGCACGCGUUUCGCCUGGACGUUUCUCAUCCGGCACAAGAACGACGUCGGUGCGGCCCUGGAGCAGCUGCGCAAGGACCGUCACGUCAUCAACGCGCUCCGAGGCGCCACGCUGCAGACGGACAGCGACGCCGUCUUCAAGAGCCAGGACUUCACCGACCUGUGCCUGGCCUUCGACAUCAAGCAGCGCUUCUCGCCACCGCACUCGCAGGCCAAGAACGGAUCCGCGGAGCGCACCUUCCGCACCCUCUUUGAGACGGCGCGCACGAUGCUGUUUGCUGCGGACCUGGACAAGCCGUUCUGGGGCUUCGCCGUGCAGCACGCCACGCUGCUGCACAACAUCGCGCCACGCAGGAGCCUCAAGGACAAGUCACCGUUCGAGGCCCUGACUGGGCACGCCUUCGACGUCAGCCUGCUGCGCGUCUUCGGCUCGCCGGCCUACGUGCAUGUGGAGAAGAGCAGCACGCGGCACAAGCUUGACCCACGCUCACGCGUCGGCGUCUACGUCGGCUUCGCCGAGGAGGACCAGGCCCACGUCGUCUGGAUGCCGGACACGCGACGCGUUGUCCACACCAUCCACGCUCGCUUCGGCGCCAUCAAGAACAAGGACGCCGCCUCCUCUCAGCAGCAGCAAGAGCAGGACGACAGCGGUGCCUCUGCUUCGCAUGCCAACAAGACCGCUCAGCGUUCGACCGAGGACAGUGCCACCGGCGCUCCCACUGCACCACGUGCGGGGGAGCCGCAGCUCCAGCCACGCGCACUUGGCGGCUCCGUCUGGGACCAGCUGCUGUUGUCCGAGACCCUCGGCGACAAGGACACCCCUGGUGGCUCAACCACCACGUGUCACGUUGCCACCAGCGCUGCUGGUACGGGGGAGAAGACAUCAGCAGUGGGUGGUCAUCUACCAGACAUCGCUGCUGGCAGUGCUGUCACGUCAGCUGAGCCAGCCACCGUCAAGGAGGCGCUUGCCUCGCCAGACUCUGAGGAGUGGCGCCAAGCCAUCCUGGACGAGUUUGCGGCAAUGCAGGCCAAUGACGUCUACGACGUCGUGCCUCGCGCUGACCUUCCCAAGGGCCAGAAGGUGCUCCGCAGCAUGGUCAUCUUUCGGAGGAAGCGCGAUGACCAGGGCAAGGUGAUCAAGUACAAGGCGCGCUGGGUUGCCAAAGGCUACUCCCAGGUCCACGGUGUCAACUACACGGACACCUUUGCUCCGACGGCUACCAUCGCAGCCAUCCGCACCAUGCUCGCCAUGGCCGUCGCGCGUGGCAUGGACAUCCAACAGAUGGACGUCAACACGGCGUUCCUCAACGCGCCCGUGGAUCACGAGAUCUACGUCCAGCCACCGGCCGUCGACGGCAUCUUCUCGCCGAAUACGGUGCUGCGCCUCAAGCGCGGGGCUGUAUGGGCUGAAGCAGAGCCCGCGCCUGUGGAACCACACGCUGGACGCCUGGAUGCGCGAGCAGGACUUCGUCGCCACAGCCACGGACGCCUGCAUCUACCGCCGCACCUGCAAGGCGACAGCGACAUGGCCGCGUUCAGGAAGGCCAUUUCAAGCGCUUCAGAUGAAGGACCUGGGCAGCCCAGACUAUGUCUCGGCAUCAAGAACAUCAACGCAGCAGAGAGGUAG